UCACGCGUUUCUUGUGCAGGUGGCCGUUGAUGUCAAUUUUAGCGUUCCGAAUCUACAGAGAAAACCCUCUCUUUUCUUGUAAUAAAGUUAUUUUCUUCAAUAUCUAGUGAGAAUUCUUUGUAGCGAGAAUCGGUUGCUCGAGCAUGUUACGAGCUAAAUUUGAUAAUAUUUGCUUUGUGAUUGCUGUGAUUCGAAGUUCCGUCCAAAACAGUGGAAAUCAGGAAUGAUAACCGGAAGUGAAGCAAUUUCCAAUUAGGACUAUUUCAUCAAUCAUCUCUAAACUACUCAUAAAAUCCAAGAUUUUCUCGCUCCUAGGAGCUGGCUUGAUCAUUGUGGUGCAGCUCAUGGUUAGGUAAUGAAGAAUAUACCUGAGAGGACUGAUUCGAAAAAUUCUUAUACAAGUUCAACUGAUUCUCCAGAUAGAAUUUGUGGUUCCAUCUGUUCUGAGGCAGGACCAAGCAACCGCAGAUCCCCCAAGGCUUCGUUGUGGUCAGGAUUCUUGGUAUCCGCCUUUUCAGUUUUUGAUACCCACAGUGACUCUAGAGGUUGCCACAAGAAGGAAACAGGUAGUAGAAACCAUGGUUGGAGUGCAGCUGUGAAGAGAGUUAUGAAUGGUGGUUCAAUGAGGAGAAUUCAGGAGCGUGUUUUGGGGUACAAGACUAACAUUUCUAACUCAAUAAGUGAUAUAUGGCUUCUAGGGGUUUGCUACAAAAUUUGUUUAGAAGACCCAUCUCAAGAACCAGUUCAUAGCAAUGGAUAUGCUGCCUUUUCUGAAGAUUUUUCUUCAAGAAUUUUGAUGUCAUACCGUAAAGGUUUUGUGUCUAUUGGUGAUUCAAAGUAUACCAGUGAUGUAAAUUGGGGUUGCAUGCUUCGAAGCAGUCAGAUGCUAGUAGCUCAGGCAUUGCUAAUACAUCGACUAGGCAGAUCUUGGAGAAAACCUUCACACCAGCCGUUUGAUCGAGAUUAUAUUGAAAUAUUACACAUGUUUGGUGAUUCUGAGGAUUCAGCUUUCUCCAUUCACAAUCUUCUUCAAGCUGGAGAGGGUUAUGCCCUUGCUCCAGGAUCAUGGGUAGGCCCAUAUGCAAUGUGUCGCACUUGGGAGACUCUUGCACGUCGGAAGAUAGAGGAAAAUGAACAUCAAGACCAGCCAUUCCCAAUGGCCGUUUAUGUUGUCUCUGGUGAUGAAGAUGGGGAACGUGGUGGAGCUCCAGUUCUUUGCAUCCAAGAUGCCUCAAGGCAUUGUUCUGAAUUUUCAAGAGGCCAACUUGAAUGGUCACCUAUCCUCUUGCUGGUUCCUUUGGUUCUAGGUCUUGACAAAGUAAAUCCUAGGUAUCUGCCGUUAUUGGCAGCCACAUUCACCUUCCCCCAGAGCCUCGGCAUUUUGGGUGGCAGGCCUGGUGCUUCGACGUAUAUUAUUGGUGUGCAAGACGAUAAAGUUUUUUAUCUUGAUCCCCAUGAAGUUCAACAGGCAGUUAAUAUCAGCAAGGAUAAUCUGGAGGCCGAUAGUUCGUCAUACCAUUGCAAUGUUAUACGGCAAAUUCCACUUGAAUCCAUCGACCCAUCGCUGGCCAUAGGAUUUUACUGCCGAGACAAAGAGGAUUUUGAUGAUUUUUGUUCUCGGGCAUCAGAGCUAGCGGCAGAAUCAAAUGGGGCACCACUGUUCACGGUAACGGAGACUCGACAUUCAAGCGGCAGCAGCAGGAGUCAGGAAGGUAAUUCGUUUGAUGCAUCAGGUGAGAAUGCCGAGGGGUCUGCACAAGAUGACUGGCAGCUUCUUUGAUUUACUUGUAUAAUAGUUAUCAUUUGAAAUCGAUUUUUUUUCUUCUGUUUUUAUGUAUGGUUAGUGUUAAACAGAAGUUGUGUUUGGAGUUUGUAUGAUUGUAAACCUGUUAGGUUUUGGUUGUGUUUGUUAGAAGACAUGUUGCAACGAAUUUGUUCCUAUUCA